AGUCAGCGUCGCGCAGCGCGCCGGCCGCAUGUGCCCCGACCGCGCCGCAACGCGUCGCACCGCAUCGCGCCGCGUCGCACCGCAUCGCAUCGCCUCGCUCGCGACCAUGCGCCCGCCGUAUGCCGAGUGCGAUCCGCCGCCCGCCUAACUCGGACUUGCCGGAAUGUACAAGCGCGAUCUCAGGUGAGCUGUGAAAACUUUGAAUCGGAACGAGUACUUUUUCGCCGUGAUCGAUAUAUCGGUGUCAGUUAAAAUCGAAGAUGUCGUCAACGGUGCUUAAAUAGUGUGCGUGUGUGCGAUGGCGUCGGGCUGCGCGCGCUCGUAGCAGAGCAUGGAAGAAGACGAGCGGCGGCUGUCGUUCCCGCCGCCGGCGCCGCUCAACUCACCCGGCGAAGAGAUAGACGGCUCCCGGCUGCUGGGCGAGAUCGUGCGGAAGCUAGAGGAGACCAAUCCGGAGGCGGCCGCACCCCUCGUCGCUUCUCAGUCGCGCGAAACGCUCGACGUCGUCGCCAGUGAGAGGCCGCGUCGGGAAGAGCUCCGGAUACCACUCGAGGGUGUUACGUUCGCUAGUGAGACCGCCGGCGGUAGGGAUGAGCCGCGUGCCGCUGUCACGCCGUUCACCCGCGAGUCGGCCAGGCGUGCCGGGUCGCGGGGUGCCCAACUCGUCCGCGAGUUCGGCUUCAUGCCGCGGCGGCGUCUUAGCGUGGAGGACGGUGCGCGGCUGCCGAGGAAGUACGAACCGUUCCCCCCUAAACUCUACGGACGCCCGCUCGAGGAGAUCGACAACUUUAUCUAUGAUGAGACGUUCUGCGUGGUAUCAAAGCGGUUCCGUAAGAACUAUAUACACCGGUUCACGGCGACCAGGUCAUUGUUCUGGUGGUCACCGUGGUCGCCGGUACGCCGCGCGUGCGUCUACCUCUCCACCAACCAGUACUUCGACUACUUCGUCAUGGCUACCAUUCUGCUCAACUGUGUCUUCCUCGCCAUGUCGGAGACAAUCGAAGAAGCUGAGUAUAUAUUUCUGGCGAUAUAUACAGCGGAGAUGAUAAUCAAGUGCAUCGCGAAGGGUUUCAUCCUUAACAAGUAUACGUACCUGAGGAACCCGUGGAACUGGCUGGACUUCGUCGUGAUCACUUCGGGCUACGCCACCAUCGGUAUGGAGGUCGGCAACUUGGCCGGCCUGAGGACGUUCAGAGUUUUAAGGGCACUCAAGACUGUCUCCAUUAUGCCAGGUCUGAAGACUAUCAUCAACGCACUGCUGCAUUCGUUCAAACAGCUGGCUGAGGUCAUGACGUUGACGAUCUUUUGCCUGAUGGUGUUCGCGCUGUUCGCCCUGCAAGUCUACAUGGGCGAGUUGAGAAAUAAAUGCGUGAAGAACCUAGUCGUGCCACUGGGAGAGAACUUCACGGAUGAAAUCUGGUCGCAGUGGAUCAGCGAUCCCUCCAACUGGAUUGUGGACGAUGAAGAAGUGCCUAUAAUAUGCGGGAAUCUGACGGGCGCGCGGCACUGCCCCAUCGGGUUCACGUGCCUCUGCGUGGGACCCAAUCCAAACCACGGGUACACCAAUUUCGACAACUUCCUGUGGUCCAUGCUCACCACCUUUCAACUGAUCACCCUCGACUAUUGGGAGAAUGUAUAUAAUAUGGUGCUGUCAUCGUGCGGGCCGAUGUCGGUGUCUUUUUUCACUGUGGUGGUGUUUUUUGGUUCGUUCUAUCUCAUCAACCUGAUGCUGGCCGUCGUCGCGCUCAGCUACGAAGAGGAGUCGCAGAUCACACAAGAGGAAAGGAAAAAAGAUCUAAAUGAGCAUCGCGAUGACUCAACAUUUAGUUUCGAUCCGUCUUCUCUGGCUGUGCGAGCGCUAGCCAAAGAUUCAAAGGAGCGCAUGGACACCAGAAAGUGGCUUCUACUGGCAUCCUACUCCAGGAAGAGGACAAGAAGACGCAAACGGGGCAGGAGUGCUAUUCACCACGCGCCUGCUGUCGCAGCUGUUGCUGAAAGGAACGACCGGGCGAAAUCACGAUCGAGGUCAGUGACACCGAGCGCAUCACCCCCGCCACCCGCAGCCCCACCCCCGCCUCCACCUUCACACACUUUGCAUCCUGACAACGCAUUAGGUCGUGGUGCACUUGGUGCAGCAGGUCGACAACUCAGUGACCACAGCAACAACCGGGAGUCAUCACUCGACGACUCAGGCGUGGUAGACGAUCAUGAUGACGGCGAGCAUACAUCUGAUGACCAGGCGCCUAUAUCUCAUCCCCGAAGAGUACACCUCAUGCCUGCCCCUAUACAUCAUCCACCCACACCGAUGCCCCUUAUUCAACAGGAACGACAAUUUAAGGACCAUAAUAAAAAAUAUCCUUCAAGAAAAAUAGAGAAGCAAACAGAGAAAUCAAACAAAUUGGAGAAAGGCAGCAUACAAGAGAAAUAUCCACUAAACCCAGACUAUCUCAAUCAGAUAGUUGUGCUAGGGGCGGACUGGCCAUACAAGCGCGCGCCCGACCUCCCGCAAGCGGAGACGACGAAAAUUAAUGAGCUCAGUUUAUUGGCAGCUACGCACAAAUCUCAUAUGGGCAAUUAUGAGCAAAAUUGCACUUUCUUCACAGAUGAACUCGUGGAUAGAAACUGUGAAUGCUGCGUUUCUUGCUGCAUAGACUAUGAAGGAUGGCUUCAAUUUCAAAAUAGUCUUUAUGGGAUUGUAAAAGAUCCGCUCUUCGAGUUGUUUAUAACAACUUGUAUUGUUCUCAAUACACUCUUUCUUGCAUUAGAGCAUCAUGGAAUGAGUGAGAACGUUAGGCAAGCGUUAGAUAUAGGAAAUAAGGUGUUCACAUCUAUUUUUACUUUAGAAUGUAUAAUGAAAGUGAUGGCGAUGAGUAAAGACUUUUUCGCUUGUGGUUGGAAUAUAUUCGAUUUAAUUAUAGUAUCAGCCAGUCUAUUAGAUCUUAUAUUUGAGCUUGUGGACGGCCUAUCUGUUUUGCGAGGCCUUCGUUUGUUACGAGUGUUAAAAUUAGCUCAGUCAUGGACUACAAUGAAAGUGUUGUUGAGUAUUAUAAUAUCAACAAUCGGUGCUCUCGGUAAUUUGACGUUCGUGUUAGUGAUAGUAAUAUACAUAUUCGCUGUUAUCGGAAUGCAGCUGUUCUCUAAAUCUUAUACUCCAGACAAAUUCGAGCCGGAUCCAGUACCCAGAUGGAACUUUAAUGACUUUUUUCAUUCGUUCAUGAUGAUAUUCCGAAUACUUUGUGGCGAAUGGAUCGAGCCUCUCUGGGACUGCAUGAGAGCAGAGCAGGCUACCGGCGCGGAAAGUUGCUUCUUCAUUUUCUUGCCCGCUCUAGUAAUGGGGAACUUCAUGGUGCUCAACCUCUUUCUUGCCUUACUGCUCAAUAGUUUCAACAGUGAGGAACUUAAAAAUAAAAAAGAGGAAGUAGGUGAAGAUUCGAAAUUAGCUAAAAGUUUCGAUAGAAUACGUUCUAUAGUUAGAAAAAAAGGUUUCCUUAUAGCGAGAAGUAAAGAGACUGAAAAAAAAUCUAAAUUAGAAGAGCUAGUUAAUGAAUAUAUGGCACAACAACGUGCUGUAAAAGAAAAGAAGGUGUCUAUACCUAAUGAGCAAAGGUACUCGGGUUCAAUACAAGAAACCAUUCUUUUUCCACAUGACAAUAUUUACAGUCAUAGUUACCAAGAAGCGUUAAAUAGGCCAGUAGGAUCAGAUUUAUUCCCGCCGAUUUAUCAAGGUAGUAAUAACUUCAAUCAUGGUAGCCAAGAAACUUUGAAAGAUGUUCGUGAUUUAGCUACUGAACAUAAAAUUACUAGUAUUAGAGAAGAUUC